AUGCGACUGAUCGAUUGGCCUUUUUAUGCAGCUUCAAGGACGUGUCAGUUGACUGGGAAGAAGGCCAACAAUGGAUAUGUUGUGACCUUCUCACACAAGAGGAAUAAGAAGCUUCAAGGCGCUAACCUCCAGUACAAGAGGUUGUUCUGGCCUGAGGAGAAGCGAUGGGUCCGCAUGCGCAUCAGCACUAAGGCCAUGAAGACAGUGGAGAAGAGGGGGCUGCAGGUGAUGGCCAAGGAGGCUGGCAUUGACCUGUACAGCCUGCCCUAUGUGGACGCGCGGCCAGAGCGCCAGGAGUGGCUUGCCCAGCAGCCCAGGCACCCCCCUAUGGUGAGCGCAAGGCUUCGUACUGUAUCUCAUCGGCGCGGUAACUCGGUUCUUCUGUGCACCUCAGAAGGAGACACUGCUCUGAGUGUGCUUCCUCCGACUGCAAGACAUUCCAGAAAUACCCUGGAACGCUCUCUUGAUUGUAGUUAA